AUGAGUUUGAAUCCAAUCACCAAAGUGUUAGCCUCCGUCAUAAUUCGACGUCUGACUCCUUUAAGAUGGACCAAUACCCACGAGCAGCAAGCCGGAUUCGGGCCUAGUCGUGAAUUUAUUGAUCAAAUUUUGACGUUGCGUCAAGUCCUUGAGCUAGCUCAAGCUUUGUCACACCCACGUUCGAUCAAAGAUCGCAGUUCCUCAGCCGGAGAGGAGCCUUCGACUCAGUUGACCGCGAAGCUCUAA